AUGUUUCUUUCUGUCUUUCAUUCUUUUAUUUCAUUGAUUUUCCUUUCUUCUUUCUUUCUUUCUUUCUUUCUUUCUUUCUUUCUUUCUUUCUUUUCAUUUGACUUUUCCUUUUUCGUGUCAUUCCUCUCUUGGUUCAUAAACGUUUUUCCUCUGCUUUCUUCCAGUUUUCUAAUUCUCAAAGUAAAAAUCUAUCUAUCUAUCUAUCUAUCUAUCUAUCUAUCUAUCUAUCUAUCUAUCACAGUCUUUGCAUAUCUAACUUUCUCUCACUCUGUUCUUAUCUUUUUCUCGCUCUGUUUGUAUCUAUCUAUCUAUCUAUCUAUCUAUCUAUCUAUCUAUCUGGGCACUUUGGCGGAGUGUAGUUAUUACACAGUCUUUGCAUAUCUAAAUUUCUCUCACUCUGUUCUUAUCAAUCUUUCUUUCACUCUAUUUUAUCUAUCUAUCUAUCUAUCUAUCUAUCUAUCUAUCUAUCUAUCUAUCUAUCUAUCUAUCUAUCUGAAACAGGUUCAAGCUACUUCACAAUUCCUUACGUAUUUUCUCCGAGAUAAUUACAAAAGCCAACACCCCCCCGUAGUAAUCGCAGUGAAGUAUUUUUUUUGUUUAUUUACUUACAAACACGCAAUAAAAACCGCUCAUUUUAUUGCAUUCACAAACAUGGUUCUUUAUCAUCUUUAUUCUUUCUCUCUCUCUAUCUCUCUCUCACUCCCUAAUGUACAUUCAUUUACUUAUUCCUAUUUCCUAAUCUGUUUGUUGAUAGAUGUUUAA